CGAACACUCGCCGUAGCGAAAACCCGAAGAAGACCUUUUGCAGUAUAUAUCACUAGACGCCGAGGUUAAUAGAAUUCCAUUCUGUGGGCCACAGGAAUCUAUUGGUUCUCUUAUAAUCCCGCCGCAGGGCUCCCAAUCCCAUAUCCUAUAAUUUUUACCUUCACGGCUUACCCUGAAGAUGGAGGCAGGCACUUAGGGGCUUGCCAAGAUAAUAUCAUGAAGUAAGUCACGACCGCUUUCAUUAAAAUCCUUACACAAAUUACCAUUCCUGCUUCCGCGACAUGCUGUGUGUGAUACAUUGUCCAUAAAUAUCCUAAAAAUUUGUCUAUUUUCAAACGUAGACAUUCUAGGAGUCUCUGAAAUAACUAUAUACAGCAUAGUCCUUCUCAAGAAGCUAACAGUCACUCAGCUGGUCAAUAAAUUCUCCGUCCUUUAUAUAACACAAAAGUUAUUACCGCCCCUGGUCCCUAUCCUGAGCCAGUUGAAUCCAUACAAUAUCCUCAUUCCCUGCUUCUUCAAAAAAGUAAGAUAGUCAUCCAUCUGCUUAAUUAAGCACCACGCCAUGAAGACGUAUGGAGGGAGUGGUGAUAUAUUUUCACUAUUCUUGAUCUCGAUACUAGAUGAAGGUGAGUGUUCAGCUUCACCCUCUGGCCACUUCAUCCCAGGGAAAAUAGCCUCCGGUACCCAUUGGAUGAUACUGAAUGGAUCCCAGAGCCGGUCUGAACACUGUGGAGAUUUAUAUAUGUAUAUAUAUAUAUUUCUGACCACCCCAUUAAACUACAUUCCCCUCCGACCUGUUCCUCCAUUUAUUCACCAGGAAGUAUGAAUGUUUCCGAAACGAGCUGUACUACCAGGCCUAUUUAGUCCUUAAGGAAGGCACGCGUCACUGUUGCCAAAAAUAACCCCUUCUCUUGACCAUCCCCCACCCUCUAGACGGUGAUUGGCUGGCAAGGGUUGUCCGCACUAUCGGCAUCAUCUGUUAUGAUCGACAGAGCUUCGAACAUUCAGACAGAACUCUUUAAGUCUGCAUAGUGGCUAGUUGGCUUGUCGCAGGUACAUUCUUCGGCAGUGGUUCUCCAUCUGUUUCCUGCAAUAUUAUGGUUUCCCUACAUGCGCAGCUGCCAUCCAAUUUGAGCACAGGAUUACAGCAAUUCUCAUCAAUGGAGUACAGUCAUCGACCUGCUGACUUUUCAUCACCAGGCUCACAAGACUAUCGUCAACAUACAGAUGAUGCCCUAGAUCUCAGUAUUCGCAGUCGUAAAGAGGAAGCAGUCAUUGCACAAGACUGCUGUACGCCACCUACAGACAUUUCUUUAAAUCAUAGUCAGCCUUCAACAUCAUCUUUUCGUCCUUUUAUAAAAUACCCCCACAUUCCACAGACUGCCAGUGUGAUUAGUAGACAUCCUCAGCUGCUUCUGCAGCCCUCUAAUCCAGUCUCCCCACCCUUGGUUCCAGAUAUGUGUUCAGUACCAUCUCCUCGUUAUAUGCCAUUGCAUUCAGUUGCUAUCCCUUCCACUUCUAGAGAUAUGCAGCCAGCCCCCUCUUUCCCACAGUAUGUGAUGUUCCAUCGCACACCAUCCACUGAGGAGCCACCAACCACACAAGAAGUUCCAACACCUGGAAAUAGCUCAUCAAAUUACAGCUUACCAGGAUUAUCACCUUCACCUCUCGGACUCCAGCUACCGGCAUUUCAGAUUACUGGGAACGAUCUACCAGACAUGCCAGUAACAGCUGGAAAUCCAGCAAAGAAAUUUACAAGACCAUUUAAUGCAAUACCAGUCCAUUUGGAAGAGCCCAGUGGUGCAACAGGUGAAUCAUACACGGAGUACAGGAAUAGGGUGUUGGCUUUUCUAGAAGCCGCAAAGAGGAACGGUGAAAGUAAAAAGAGUGCCCCAGUACCAAAGCACACACCAAGUCCACAGCAGUCACCAUCCACAGAAGGAACUCCUUCAAAUGGAAAAGAUGCAGCAUAUCUGUUAAAACGGAAGAAAAACAAUGCUGCGGCAAAGCGGUCACGAGAUCUCCGCAGGGCAAAAGAGGAUGAACUCGCAAUCAGGGUGUCAUACUUGGAGCGAGAAAACAAGGCAUUGAGAUGUCUACUCAUGCAACACCAAGACUGGAAAUAUCAUGUUGUCUGCAGAAACUGCAGACAUAAGACAUUUUAAGUGCUUCAGAGUGUUUAGUUGUGUGUGGAGAUGGAGUCCUGCGUACAAAAAUCUGACCAUGUGACCAUUGUUUAUAUUACAUUUUUGGUGAUGAAAUAAUGUUCGAUAAACCGGAAGUCAACUAUGAUGAUCAAAAUGAUCAAAAAUAUUAGGAAGGAAUGAGUAUAAGUGAUUUGUUGUCAGGAUAAUGAUUUUUGCUGCAUUGCAAUAAAGUAUUUAUCUCUGAAACGUGCAGAAACUGAUGGCUGAUUUAUCAGAUUUUUAAUCAUCCAUAAGAAAUAUUUUUAAAUUGUGCCUUACAUCAUUUCUGCACCAAGACUGUUACUGCUGUCAGACUUGCUUUGCUAGUUAUGCCAUUACUGCAUACAGAGAAUUAAUUUUAUAUACUCAUACAUUUAUUGAGUUUUAUAUAUUUUAUUCACAUUGACCACAUCGAUGAUUUCAUCAUACAACUAAAUUCAGAUGAAAUGACAUGUAUAAAUUAAAAUGUAAAUACAGUAUAAUAAUAUGUACAUACUAACAUAGUAAAUAAAACUAGCAUGUCUACUGAAUUAUGAUAAACAAGGUUAAAUACACUGCAGAAUGUAAACACCAAUCACAGGCAGUGAAACAUAAUAUAUUAACAAAAAAUAUACCAAAGAAUGUAGCUUCCCAAAUGGAGUGUGUCAUCAUAGCCUUGUAAACAUAUAUGUUCUCAUGCUCUCGUGGGAUGCUAUGCUGUGCAGCGUAACAGGGCAUAACAUCCCACAGGGCUAUGAUCUUAAUAUCCAACCUCAAAUCUCAUAUAUUGUAAAUAAAUUUAUUCACAAAUUUUAAUAUCUGAUGCUAUUAAAAUGGAUCUGUAUUGACAGUUUUCUCAUACACACACCAGUAUAAAUUUGUUCCAGAGUAGCUCUGUCAAUAUAGA